AUAAUAUACUUUUUGUAUACGAAUGAAGUUUUCUUUGUUUACAAUAUCAAACAGAUUAAAAAAAAAAACAUUUAUCAAAACAUCUUUAUUCUGGUCAAUAAUUGUACUAUCAAGCAGACUAAAAAUUAAAUCUAGUUUAAUAAUUUAAAUAAUCUGUUUGAUGAUAAUCACAAGAUUAAAACUUUAAAUGUUUUGAAUGGAAUUAUAAAACAUUAAACACAAUCGAGUGAUGAGCUAACUCCCUUGAUCCUUGAUGCCAUUUCAAUGAAUCCUGAAAUUCCUUUGAUCAACAAGAUCAACACCAAGGAUCUGUAUAUAUAUCCAUGUAAAAUCAGUUUAGUUCAUUCAGUCUUAGAGCAAUCUACAGCACAUGAACUAACACAAACAGCGAUAAACAACAAACAAGCAGAUAUUAAAUCACAAAUAAGAAAACAAUAUGGAAAACUACACAACAGAGUCUCUCUUAGAUGUCUCAUCAUAUCACUAUAGCAACAACUGCCUCAUGGAUUAUGUGUCACCAAGUAACCAGGACAACAAUGUUGAUAUGAACAACACACUCUGUGGAUCUCUUCUAAGGGAAUCUGUUGAUAGUGACAUCAAUUUGGAUUUCAUGUACCCACUACAAGAGAUGAAAGUAUCUGACCUUGCUGCCGUGUUAUUGGAUGAGGAGACUGGUUACCGAGAUACAACACCUCUUGUAUCUACUACGCCACUUCCAUCACCUGAGGAAAUUUGUCCGGGCAUCUACGCUUGUGACACUCAUCAUAGUGAUAAUAUCAUGGAUAUCACACCAGCAAUGUACUUUAACAGCCUCACACCAAACGUGGAUACAACUCUACAAGAUAUCAAACCUACAAUCCAAGCCAACAUGAAUGACACUCUAUACCAGCAUAUGGUGGAUGACAUCAACAGAGAUGAUACCGGAGGUAUCCCCAAUAUGGAGCCACAUCAGCGCAACACCAUAUAUUGCUCGCAGCCCACUGCUUACAACUCACUCCAAGAUAUCACCCCAACUUUCUACUCCACUGUGAAUGACUCCAUCCUCAGAGACAUGGUUAAUGAUCUCACUGCUGACUCUCAUAGUGCAUCACCAAGCUUCAAGUCUCCACUGCCAGUGAAACCAAGUCGCAAACCACGUGCCAGUGUCUCCAAAGACAAGACUGCGCUCAAGUGUAACUACUGCGGAAAAAGAUUCACCAACCAUGCCAACUUCAAGAAUCACAUCAGGGUCCAUACUGGAGAGCGACCAUACUCCUGCAACAUCUGCCACAAGACAUUUGCCCAGAGCGCCACCCUCAAGACACAUGCAAGGACCCACACAGGGGAGAAGCCAUUCAGCUGCGAGUUCUGUCGUCGUGGCUUCAGUGACUACUCUACCUACUCCAAGCAUGUCAGGACCCACACUGGUGACAAGCCCUACAAGUGUGACACCUGCCCUGCUGCUUUCACCCAGUCUGGGAACCUGAACCGACAUCAGAAGAUUCACUUGAAAGGAAACACCAGAAAGUCCAAGUUCAUGAGAUAAUAUUUGACACAAAAUGGACAUUGAACAUUUAUACACCAACUUGUGUCUAACAAUGAAGCCAACUAAUGCCAAAUUCAAGGAGUUGCCAAAUCACAUAUUUAUUCCUAUGUGACAAUUUUUAUCAAUUGAUAUUUGUACUAUAGUAUGUAUAUUUUGUAUAUAUGUAUAUCUUGUUUAUGUCUUACCAAAAUUCAAUAUUUGAAAUAAACAAUCUGAUUUAAAAUAAUCUUCUGUCUUGUUGAUUUUUAAAGACAAAACAUUGA